CGUAGUAACAAGCUCUCUAUAAAUACUGACGGGAUCCUUUACCGGCUUCCACUCUAGUUUCAGUCCCGAUAGAGGCGACACCUCCAACAUUUUUUUUAUCCCAGCAUUCUGGUCUCAUGGACACACUCUUUGUAAAUGCUUUUUAAGAAUCAUCACUGUAGGAACACGCACACUGGCUACUCAGCAGGCCCUGGCCUUGAGUCUUAUCUGAAGGGAUUUAACUUCACUGGCGAGCCACCUUGGCUUCUCUGCACCUGAGGAACAUCAGCACUAAAUUUCAUCUCUUUCAUAUCCAAUUUCCUAGUGACUAAUCAAAAGGACUUUUGACCAUGAACACUGUCAGUCCCACCGAGUUUGACUUCUCUUUCCUUGAGGAGGGAUUCUCUGCCCGGGAUAUUGUUGAGCAGAAAAUCAAUGAGUCAUCCAUGACGGAUGACCGGGAUGCUUUCUACGUCUGUGACCUGGGAGAUGUACUAAAGAAACACCUGCGCUGGGUGAGGGCCCUGCCUCGAGUCACUCCUUUCUACGCUGUCAAAUGCAACGACAGCCGGGCUGUAGUUAUGACUCUGGCAUCCCUGGGAGCUGGCUUUGACUGUGCAAGCAAGACUGAGAUUCAGAUGGUUCAGUCUCUGGGAGUGGAUCCAAGCAGAAUCAUCUAUGCCAACCCCUGCAAGCAAGUUUCUCAGAUCAAGUAUGCGUCUGCCCAUGGGGUCCAGAUGAUGACCUUUGAUAGCGAAGUGGAACUCAUGAAAGUGGCCCGCUGUCAUGAGAAUGCCAAGCUGGUGCUGCGUAUUGCCACAGAUGACUCAAAAGCAGUGUGUCGCCUGAGUGUGAAGUUUGGGGCCCAGCUGAAAGCUUGUCGAGGUCUUCUGGAGCGGGCUAAAGAACUGGGGCUGGAUGUGAUUGGUGUCAGCUUCCAUGUUGGCAGCGGUUGCACUGAUCCCGAGACCUACACCCAGGCUAUCGCUGAUGCCCGCUGUGUCUUCGAUAUGGGGGAUGAGCUGGGCUUCAACAUGGACCUGUUGGACAUUGGAGGUGGUUUCCCUGGUUCAGAGGAUACUGAACUUAAAUUUGAAGAGAUCACAGCAGUAAUCAAUCCAGCUCUGGACAAGUAUUUCCCUGCUGACACUGGUAUUAAGGUCAUUGCUGAGCCAGGCCGCUUUUAUGUGGCCUCUGCUUACACUCUGGUUGUCAACAUUAUUGCCAAGAAGGUCAUCAUAGACGACGAGUCAGCAUCUGAUGAGGAAGACGAAGGGACCAAUGAUAGGACUCUGAUGUACUAUGUCAACGAUGGAGUGUAUGGAUCCUUCAACUGUAUACUCUAUGACCACGCUCACUGUUUGCCAACACUACAUAAGAAGCCAAAGCCAGAUGAGGCCAUGUACACCUGCAGUAUCUGGGGCCCGACAUGUGAUGGUCUUGAUCGUAUUGUUGAGCAGUGUAGCCUGCCUGACCUGCAAGUGGGAGACUGGCUGGUCUUUGACAACAUGGGCGCCUACACCGUGGCCGCUGCCUCCACCUUUAACGGUUUCCAAAGGCCUGACAUCCACUACGUCAUGUCCCGCACUGCCUGGCAACAUGUGCAGCAGAUCUGUUCCCAGGGCAUGCCAGCUCCUGCGGAGGAGUCUUGUCUGUUUGAAGUGCCAGCCUGCUGUGGCCGAGAGAGCAGCUUGGAGAUGCCCACUAAGCCUUGCCAGGCCCACGUGGUUUAAACACAUUCUGUCUGCUGCAGCAAUGUUCUCCAGAUCUAGCAUCCUUUUUUUUUUUUUUUGUUAAUUAUUGAAGAGGGUUCUGUUUUCCUUCUUCUACCCAAAUGUACGUGAAAUUUCAAGGCCAGUUACUUGACAGGAGAAUGAGAGGAACAUGUUGUUGCACACAUUUCUGUGUUCUGUAUGGAAGCGGGGAUCAACCCUCUAUGAAAUGAGGCUGAAUCACACUCUGAGUGUCUCUGUGUGCUCCAGAGUGUUACAGAGCAACUCUGUACUUGAACUUGUUGCUUCAGUCUUCCUGCCCUAAUUUGGGAGAAUGACUGUAAGAACUGGAGUACUGUAGUUCGUGACGCAACUAUUUGCUCAACUGAAAUAGUGUAGGGAAAAACAAAACAACUGACUGAAUGUUCCCCUUCACCAGUAGGACUCACAACACUUGAAACUGUAGCAAAAGUCCAAGAGAUGAAGGGUCAACAAUGCUAUUUUAAUACAUCACAGGAAUAUUAGCAGAUUGCUUCCACCUUAUGCAGUCUCCAGUCCUGACCGACCUGCAGACACAUCUCUAGUUUGUAACGUGCAAAGAGGUGGUUGGAGGGGUGAUUUAAUUCCUCAAAAAAUGGCUGCUAUGUUUAUAUUUAUCUUUUCCAUGAUCUCCACUUCUGUACAGAACCUCUCAAGUGUUAAUCCUCAAGAUGUUAACAUAUGAAGAAAUACUUUUUUUUUUCUCUAUUUAUUUUUUUCCUUCAGUAGUUAUUCUUUCCAAUGCAAAACUGUAAUAUUUAAAGGUACACACACACAAACUAACAGGAAAUGCAUGUACAACAUCAUGCAUGUCAAAAUCACCAUAUAGUGUGCGUCUGUCUGCAGCAUUUCAAACAAUUUGUCAGACCGCACUAAAGAUGCAGAUAUUUCGGCUAAUCAUUUGCUCCUCAUCUAUGUCCUGGUCAUCUGACCUUAUCGGUGGCACCAAAACCAAAUCUUAAAGAUUAACACUUCAAACACAGGGACUCAAGAAGCAGACUGCGCCUCUCCUCUUCUCCUACUUAUUUUAUUUUUUAUGUUUUGUAGCUUGUAGAAGGCAACAACCAGACACUUCAAGUGGAUACGAAAGAGACGGGAUUGCAAAUUCAUAAUGCUUUCCUAUGGAAACUUUUUUGAAAGUUUUGUAUUUUUUUAAUAAAUAAAGCAUUAGGUGCAGAACCAAA